AAGCCUACCGAUCAGUCUCAACCUACCGAUCACCAUCACAAUGUCGAACGCCGAACUUGCUUCGUCCUACGCGGCGCUCAUCCUCGCCGAUGAAGGCAUUGAGAUCACUGCCGACAAGCUCCAGACCCUCAUCAAGGCCGCGAAGGUCGAGGAUGUCGAGCCCAUCUGGACUUCCCUGUUCGCCAAGGCUCUUGAGGGCAAGGACGUGAAGGACCUUCUGUCCAACGUCGGCUCCGGUGGCGGUGCCGCCGCCGCCCCCGCCGCUGGUGGUGCCGCUGCUGGCGGUGCCGCUGAGGCCGAGGCUGAGGCGCCGAAGGAGGAGGAGAAGGAGGAGUCGGACGACGACAUGGGCUUCGGUCUUUUCGAUUAAGCGAUUUAAACCCGCAACGACGACAACUUCCUUCCCUUUGUACUUCAACUGCAUGGCUCCGGAAUUUCUGCGAAUCGCACGAUCAUAAGGGGUUGGAUGGAGGCACGAUAUCCGGCUGCCUGGACGGAGUAGCUUCUCAUGAAGAACGCUCUCUACACGGAGUUCACAGGGACAACCUCAAAAAAUUCCACGAUG